CGACCGAAACGGAAAGGUUCUGGGUGGAUUCCGUGGACUCGCUAGCAGUUGGUAUGAUGAGCGACGGGUCCGGGGAGCCGACUACGGAGGUCCCGCCCGUUACUGGAAGAAAGAUUCAUAUCGUCGUGGAAUACUGCAAGCCCUGUGGCUUUGAAUCUGCCUACCUGGAGCUGGCGAGUGCUGUAAAAGAAGAAUAUCCUGAUGUGGAGAUCGAAUCCCGUCUUGGGGGCACAGGUGCCUUUGAAAUAGAAAUAAAUGGACAAUUGAUCUUUUCCAAACUUGAGAAUGGAGGAUUCCCUUAUGAGAAAGACCUCAUUGAAGCCAUUCGGAGGGCUAGCAAUGGAGAGCCACUUGAGAAAAUCACCAAGAGCCGGCCACCUUGUGUCAUUCUUUAGUGUAUUUUUUUCCAUUUACUCCAUGUUCUCCACUUGCCUACCCUCCCUGAAUCCUUAUCACUUUUGCUUCCAAUUUUUGCUUCCAACAUUAAAAUAAUUUGGUUUGUUUACAAACAAAUAAAAUAAGCUAGAACUUAAGCCAUAUUAGAGAGGUUGAGUUAAUAGGGCUUAUUCAAUAAAGUAAUCUUUUUUCUUGAGGAGAAUUUAUCUUCUAAAUCUUUUUUCUAUUUUUGAGAUGCAUGGAUUUUUCCUGUUGUAUUUCUUUUAACCCUAUCUGAAUGAGCAGGAGUGAAAUUCAUAUUUUUUAGACUAUCUAAGAUCUUUUAGCUUCUCUGCCUUUAAAACCUCAACUUCUGGCCAUUCUCCUGCUCCUUUCCCAGCAUUUAGAAUGAGUUGGUGCCACAAUGUGACUUCACUAUGAGGUCUGCUGGGCCAGCGUAAAGCUUGAUAAGAAGUCUUCUCAAUAGUCCUGCAUAGGUACAAUUGAUGCUACAGUGAAAGUUUUCAAGGACCACAUAUUUCAAGCAAUAUUUUGGGGAUCAAUGUUGCUAAAGGAGUGCUUCAGAAUGAAAAACAUCAUGCAUAUCACACUACAUGAAUGAUCACAAUAAUGCUUUUGCUGCCCUAUUCCACUGCCAGAAACACAUUUAUCUUAGGUUAAGGGUUUCCCUAAUUUAAUGUAACAUUCUCUUGAGAUAACCAGGACAGUGUUGCUACAUGGAAGAGGGGAAUGCUUAGAUUCUCAUUUCUUUUUUACACUACUCUGAACUUUUGCAAAUGAUCAUCCUUCUAAGAUAUCCCUAAACUAGACAUGAUUUGUUGACAAAUAAAGUAGUUCUUACAUGCUUAUGUACUGAACCAAUUUUACUUUUUCUGAGAAUAAAUAUGAAAUCAAAAGUAAUUCAUAGUAGGAUGCUUAAAAAUUAUUUUAUGGGUGACAUAUUUACAGCUCAUUUGUCUUUUUUAAAACUAAACUUUUCACACUUUUCACUCCCCCAGUAAGUAUUUUUGUAGUUCAGUUAUUUCAACAGUAAGCUACAAGCCUAACUCUCUCAUUGCAAUCUGUGAGACUUUAAGAGUUUCAUUGGAUCAAAGUAUGUACCUGUCCAAUUUGAAGUGUUUACUUGCAGUCAACAGUACUUUCUGCUGAUUAAAUUGCUGAUCUGCAUCUGUCAUGUUAGUAGUACAGAUUUCAUGACAUGAUCUUAUUGUGGUAAUGGCAAACAUUGAAAUUAGGACAUAAGUUAUCAACCCAGUAACUGCAUGUUGCACAGCUUAUUUUGUAGGAGUGAGCAAUAUAAUUUCCUUUAGUUUUAUUUAACUGUCAUUUUCAUUGUACUAUGAUGCCUCUAUUUUGUCUCAAGACUUGAUUCUGAUAAUCCAGCUUUCAUCUUGGACCUAUCAGUGAGUAAUUCUAAAAACUAAGAAAAUUCUAAGAAAAUGCUGCUGCUUAUUGGCACCCUUUGCUGGGGCCAGAGGAUGAAAGGCACCAAUAAUCUUCCCGCUUCCAGUGUCUUAAUUUAUAUGUUGAAAUUGUGGAUGAGCCUCUAUUUACCGUAAUUUAUAAUAAAGGAGAAAAUGCUAAAAAGCUUA